UGCUGCAAAUGCGACGCGUUCACUCGCUUUUAGCACCUAAUGGAGUGCAAUCUGUUUACUUAAGUGUGUGAGCAGUGAGCUCACUGGUGAUCAUGGGCCGCCACUUUGGAGACUUGGCCAAGAUCAGGCAUGUAAUCACAUACAGCCUGUCCCCAUUUGAACAGAAGGCUUUCCCCAACUACUUCUCCAAGGGAAUCCCCAAUGUGUGGAGACGGACCACAACAUCUUUCUUCAAAGUUGGACCCCCGAUGAUCCUCAUGUACCUGACAUACACCUGGGGCAACAGUGUCCAUUCGCAGGGCAAGAGGAAGAUUGCUGCCGACUAUGAGAAUGAUGAAUAAACACCUUCCGCCUCCUGAAAGCUGCCAUCUGUUGUUCAUUCAAACUCUAUGUAACCAAUAAAAUAUUUAUCUGAAAUCA